CCCUAGUUUAAACAAUUAUGUAGCAACAGUGUGUGAAUAUACAAAGCCUCUAAUGGAAAACAAAAUACUAUAUUUUUUAUAAUCAAACUUCAUAAAAACAGUCUACAGAAACACUUUGAUCGACAUUCCCACGUGCCCAUUGGUGACGAUCUCUUCCUCAUUAGCAUAGACAGCCCUGAGUGAGUAGCAGCCAUCCUCCUCUUGAGUUUUACGAUGCACAAAUGAACACUAUAAUCUCCACAGACAACCUCUUUCUGAGCCACUUCUUUUGAUAUUUUCAGUUUUUAACUGAUAACCUGGUUUGAAUCUGCCACUAUGCUGACGCACAGGCAUUUGUGGCUCCGCCUUCUUUUAAAUAAAGGUGUGGGAGCACAAUCUCAUUCGAAUUCAAUGCGACAGUCACCAAAACAGCACAAUUUGGAUCAAAGCCUAAAAGAGGCAGUUUCAAAGAGUAUAAUUAAUUUGUGCGGUAUUUUGAGCUGAAACUUUACACAGUACUCUAGGGACACCGGAGACUUAUAUUACAUUAAUAUUAAAAGAAGCAUAAUAGGUCUCCUUUAAAACACUAAGUAAUAUUCCAUUGUGCUACGUGAAACAUACUUUUUUCCCCAGACAAUUACAUUAGUAAGCUUUGGUAUUAGGUUGUAUUUAAAGUGGUUUGUUUUGUUUUUUUUGUGUUGGUUUUCUUUCAGUAUUUCCAUUUAAGUACAGACCGUUUUAACAGAUGAAACCCUUUCAGAGUUUUUAUGUAUCUGGACAUUAUAGAUAUGGUUGAGACUUGUUUAUUUAGUAGUUUUGCUAUAUUUUCUAAGAUAUUUCCAGGAUUGCUACUAAUAUUUUCCCCACAUCAUGCAUUUUGUAUUUGGGGAAACAUGAGAGCAUUGUUAAAAUACACAUGGACACAUUUUUUUGUUAAAUAUGAAGAUGCCUUAAAGGUGACAGUAUUAAAGUUUGUGAAGCACUUAGAACUUAUUUUUAUACCUGAAUUCCAACUCUGUUUGUAUGAACUUUGUUUUUCGAUCACAGACUGUUUGAAAUAAUUUAUUGUCAGUGAUUGGCAAGGGAACUUGAGGGUGAACUGGACGGCAUCGUCAGGACAAAAAUAAGCUGAGAGCUUCAUAGUGCUACAGAGUGGUGAAGAGUUGUGAAAAUGUGAUUAUGGUAAAUCAACUAACCAUCAAUAAAUCAAAUUUACUUGU